UUUUCCCUUUCCCCUUUAUUUUUUGGUUUUGUCACAAUGUGGAAUGCACAUUCUGAACUGAGAAAGGCAGCAAUAUUCCAAAAAGCGUCUAGUCUGCCGGAAAUUCACAAGAAGAAGCAGAAACAAGGGUGGUUUAACUUACCCCACUCUCCCCUACUGCUCUGCCCUUGAGUUCAGACGUGGCGCCGGGUCUGAACCGUUCUUUAUACCUCAGUGGUCUGAACACGGAGGUCCUGGACAACAUCACUGCCCAUCAUCAUCUACACCACAGACAGACCCCAAUUUCAACCCAACUUAUCCUGAAGUCUGAGAAAACAUGUGGCAGAAGGCUGCGGGAGCUGCCCUGUUGGCCUUGGCCGUUGGAUACUUCUACCACACCAACCCUGAGCUGCCUGAACAAGUUCUCCAGUACUUAUCCCUGCCUCAUCCAUCCAUUCAGAGCGAACCAACUUUGGAGCAGGUUAUCGCCACUGCCUGGGAGACCCUAAUAACUCCUCCCGCCCAUCAAUGGGGCAGAGUGGCAGUAGGGGUGAAUGCGUGUGUGGACGUUGUGGUGUCGGGGAUAGGGCUGCUACAAGCUUUGGCUGUGGAUCCUGGGAUGGGCCGUGACCAUGAAGUGUUACACUCUAAAGAGGACCUGAAAGAGGCUUUUAUCCACUACAUGGAGAGGGGGUCCGCGGCGGAGCGUUUCUUCACCGACAAAGAGGUCUUCCAGAGGAUUGCACAGGCCGCUGCAGAGUACCCUGGUGCUCAGCUAUAUGUUGGAGGAAAUGCUGCUCUCAUUGGACAGAAACUUGCCACAUACCCUCAGCUGAUGGUUCUGCUAUGUGGGCCUGUUGGGCCUAAACUACACGAGAUGCUGGACGAGCAAAUAGUUGUCCCCCCUGAGUCCCUGCAGGAGACUGAUGAAUAUCACCUAAUUCUGGAGUACAAAGCAGGGGAGCAGUGGGGUGCGACACAGGCUCCCCAAGCCAACCGCUUCAUCUUCUCCCAUGACGUGUCCAAUGGGGAGAUGAGAGCGCUGGAGAUGUUUGUGGCCAGCCUGGAUGAGUUCCAGCCAGACCUGGUGGUCCUGUCCGGUCUGCACAUGAUGGAGGGCCAGGGGAGGCAGAUGUGGGAGCAAAGGCUCAAAGAGGCAGUGGCGACCAUUGCUGACGUCCGCAACGCGGUCCCCGUCCACCUGGAGCUGGCAAGCAUGACUGACAAAGACUACAUGAACAGCAUCAUGCAAGAGCAGGUCAUGCCCAUAGUGACCUCCAUUGGGCUGAAUGAGCAGGAGCUACUUUUCCUCUCCCAGGCCGGCACGGGGCCUCACGCAGAGCUGGCCUCCUGGGGGGGGAUACCGGAUGUAGGCCGCGUCAGUGACAUCCUCCUGUGGGUCCUUGAGCAGCAUGGACGCAGCGACCCCGAGUCGGAGGCUGACCUCACGCGUAUCCACUUUCACACUCUGGCGUACCAUGUCCUUGCCACUGUGGACGGGCACUGGGCCAACCAGGUGGCCGCCGUGGCAGCAGGGGCCCGUGUGGCCAGCAUCCAGGCCUGCGGCCUCCAAAGCAUAGAUACCAGUAAGGUGGUUCUUAAAGCUCCACUGGAGUUCCACAGCUCCCACGGCGAACCGAGAGAGAAGUUGUCCCUGAACCCAACUGAGCCUGUCACUGUUUGGCACCGUGGCAACGUGACCUUUCACCUUGCACCUGUGCUGGUCUGCAAGCAGCCACUCCGGACAGUAGGGCUGGGGGACGCCAUCUCAGCAGAGGGGCUCGUAUACUCGGAGAUCAGGCCACAGCUGCCAUUUUUGUGAGCUCCUUUUUUCUUGCACUCUUGUUAUUUUAUUGUAUGGUGGUGUGCACCAUAUCUCCCCAACCCCAACCAACCAGUGAUGUCUUUACCUGUACUGUAGCUUUUUCUUGGGUUGAAAUUCUGGUCCUUGGUUAGCUAAGUAUUUUGCACCGGGCACAGUUUUUAAGCCAUUUCUGUAACUCCAAGGAGUUGUGCUGGGUUACUUCUUAUUUCAUUUGCCUUGUGAAAAUGCAAUGUAAAUGUUUGUGUACAAAGACAAUGCCAAAGCUGCUUGUCAGUUUGGUUUGGAGGGGGGAAAAUGGAAAAACAUUCAGCAAUAUGGUCUCUAUAAGUAGCGGUGCGAUUUCAGACAGAGUUUGAGCUUUCAUGCAGCUAUCAGGUUGCACGAGAGAGGAGCAAACUCCUGUGCACAUGUGCAGACGCUGAACAGUGCCAACGAGUUCAGCCUCUUGCAUCACACUCUUUUUGGAAGUUUAUUUUCACAUCAUAUCGCUGAGUCUUAGUUCAAUUUCCAUCAAUAAUCUUUCUUGUUGACCCUGUUCAGAACAAGCUCCCUCAUCCAAGCACUAUUGCAUUAUAGUUGGGGAAAGUGGGGUAAGUUGAGCCAAGUGGUUAGUUGAGCCACCCCUUGUUUCUAGGAAACCAUACACAAAAUGUA